AAAAAAGAAUUCAAUUAGGCGCUCCGGCUCCACUUUUAAAUGUUAUCCCUAUCGGGUGUUGUUGGCAGCUCUCCUCGUGUUAGAAAUAGGAAAAUUCAAUAAUAAAACAAGAAAGAGAGGAAAAAAAAAAUCGGGCAACUUUGAUCACGCAUGCUCCCAUAAGGACCGUCCUGAGCGCACGUUUUCGCGCACUUGGAAAGUGUCUGAAAGCAGCCCAAGUGCAGGUCUGUCGGAUUUCCACAUUCUAGUGUCCAGUCAAAUGCCCACCCUUGCCAUUGCCUUUAGAGAGCAAUGUGAAAUAGUCAACCUUAUGUGAAGUUGUUUUAAGUGAAGAACCCUGAAGAACAUGGGCUUCGACUCCUGAAAAUCUCACUCCUUCAAGGUCUCAUCACUCCACCCAGUACUCCCAGUGUUGGCUGGGUUGAGUAAUCUGGGGGAUGGGGGGGUUCAUCUAGAAUGAUUAACUACAGUGAAGCUGCAACUUGUCAUCUACCAGGUUGGAUACCUGUCUCUCUGUAAACGUCUACGCUACAGUGCAUCUACAGCUAUAUGAAGAACUUGGUGAAGAUUGGAUGAUUGUUAGUUACAUCCUGAAAGAGCUCAUCCUGGCAGCAUUGAGCACAAAGCAGGAAAAAGCCCGAAAUGGAGAAUCUAGCUGAAAGAACUUUAUGCACUGAAACGACCUCAGGUAAAUCCAAGAUGGCUGCUAAGAGGAAAGGUGGCCUAAAGCUAAAUGCAAUUUGUGCCAAGCUAAGCCGGCAAGUAGUGAAUGACUGUGCCUCCCAGCAGGCAGAGGGGGAUGUCCUCCUGCAAGAGAGCACCGAGAGGGAGGCCCUGCUCUUUGAAGAUCUUGAGAAACCUGAGUCUGACUUUCCAGAUGGGCUUAGCCAUGUGCAGGACAGAGAAGAGGAUAAGCGUCGAAGGGAGGCCAUUGAAAAAUGGGUAAACGGGGAGUACUCUGAGGAUCACGCCUUCGAGCAACAGGUGAAGAAGAGCAAAAAGAGUGGAACUGCUGAUGAAGGGCCUCCAGAAGGAGUUUACAUGGUACAACCCAAAGGUUGUAGCGAUGAUGAGGACAAUGAGGAGGACCCGGAAGAGGGUCAGGGCUCACAGGAUGGCAGUUACCAUGAUGACAGGGACUCCGAGGGGCCUGCUCAAAAGGAGGACAGCUACAAUUCUUCCAGUGAGCCCACAACGAGACCGUUACCAUUUUCUUCUCCAGGAGAAGCCUCUUCUCUCCGUGACUAUGCAGCCAACACCAUGAAUGAGUUCUUGGGCAUGUUUGGUUAUGAUGACCAGCAGGUGAGAGAUGAACUGGCCAAGAAGAUAAGCUUCGAGAAGCUAAAAGCUGCUACCUCAGAGUCUUCCUCCCUUUCAAGUGAGGAGGUUACCCGGCGGGCCCGCUUCUCCAAGUAUGAAGAAUACAUUCGCAAGCUAAAAGCUGGUGAGACAUUACCUUGGCCAGUCCAUGCUCCCAAAUCCGAUGACCUGAACUGCAAGUUGGGGCAUGACAAAGGGGCAUUGCUUCAAAUAGCUAGCCGAUUGCAGAGCCCUGAGGGUCACAUUCUCCCAGCUGAAUCAAAGCCUGUGGUUCUCCCUGUGCCACCCAGCUCCUCAUCCAUGCAGAGCCUGGCCUCCCGGGCUUCCAAAUACGACUUUUUUAUUCAGAAGUUAAAAACAGGAGAAAGCUUGCGGCCGCAGAAUGGCAACACCUACAAACGACCAUCCAAAUAUGAUUUGGAAAACGUCAAGUACCUCCACCUCUUCAAGCCUGGGGAAGGAAACCCAGACAUGGGGGGAGCCAUCGCCUUCAAAACUGGAAAGGUGGGCCGGCCUUCCAAGUAUGACAUCCGCAACAUACAGAAACUGAUGCCAGUGAAGACGGAUGCCAGCCUGAUUCCACAGACAUUGUCAGCCACAUCCAGCACACCCGUGACAGCCGGCCCAGCUACUGUAGCCGUUAGCACAACAGGUCCCUCUGCCACCUCUGAGCAGUCCACCAACCUGAACUUCAGCAAUCCUGAUUAUAUGAAAUCAAGCUUCUCCAAGACAGACUCCAUCACCACAGGGACAGUGUCCACAGUCAAGAAUGGAUUGCCAGCGGAAAAAACAGUCACAGAAGAUGUCAACUUAUACCAGAAAUAUAUUGCCAGGUUUUCUGGCAGUCAGCACUGUGGCCACCUACAUUGCGCCUAUCAAUACCGAGAACACUACCACUGCCUGGAUCCCGAAUGCAACUAUCAGAGAUUCACCAGUAAGCAGGAUGUCAUCCGACAUUACAACAUGCACAAGAAGCGCGACAACUCACUGCAACACGGGUUUAUGCGCUUCAGCCCUCUGGAUGACUGCAGCGUUUACUACCAUGGCUGCCACCUCAACGGCAAGAGCACGCACUACCACUGCAUGCAGGUUGGCUGUAACAAGGUGUACACCAGCACUUCAGAUGUGAUGACGCACGAAAACUUUCACAAGAAGAACGCACAGCUCAUUAACGAUGGCUUCCAGAGGUUCCGAGCCACAGAAGACUGUGGAACAGUAGAGUGCCAGUUCUAUGGGCAGAAGACAACGCACUUUCACUGCAGGCGUCCAGGUUGUACAUUUACCUUCAAAAACAAGUGUGAUAUAGAGAAGCACAAGAGCUACCACAUCAAGGACGAUGCGUAUGCCAAGGAUGGAUUCAAGAAGUUCUACAAGUACGAGGAGUGCAAAUAUGAAGGCUGUGUGUAUAGCAAGGCAACCAACCACUUCCACUGCAUUCGGGCAGGCUGUGGCUUUACCUUCACGUCCACAAGUCAAAUGACCUCCCACAAACGAAAGCACGAAAGACGACACAUCCGCUCAUCGGGGGUCCUUGGUCUUUCCUCAUCCUUCCUUGUGCCCAAGGAGGAACCAGACGAUUCCAGCAAUGAUGACCUUAUGGACUUCUCGGCUAUUAGCAGCAAGAACUCUAGCCUCAGUGCUUCCCCCACCACUCAGCCAUCCUCUAGCAUCCCCCUCAUGCUUCCAACACCAACUACCACCAUGUCGUCCUCUCAGGCGGUCAAACCCACUGCUAGUCUCUCUCCAGCCAGCAAGAUGUCAACGCUUUUAACCCAAGCUCUUCCUAGUACCAUGCCAGUCGCUCUCACCCUCUCCAACCCAGCCUUAUCUGCUUCAAAUCCCUUUUUUCCCAUCAUUCCCCGGCUUCCACUACAGAUUCCUGUCUCUGCUACUGGUUUAAUAUGUGCAGCUUCCUCCAAUGCCACAUCAUCGUCAUCAUCAUCCAAUGAAUCGAUCCCUCAGAGUGGCUCAGCAUCUGGCGAAUCUACAUUGGCGAUCACAUCCAGCUCACAUGCGGCAACUUCCAUAGUGGAGAAGAUUUCCGCCAGCAAGGGCCUGAUAUCACCGAUGAUGGCCAGACUUGCCGCAGCUGCGUUCAAGCCAGCAGGGAGUGUAGAGACAGGAAAUGGGCUGCAAGGGAGCGUGGCCAGGUUUAAUCUGGUUCAGGUGAAGCAGGAGCCCUUAGAUGGAAGCACAGCAACCUCCCAGGAUUCUUUGCAGGAGAAAAGUUUGGAUCUCAGCAAAAAAGAGCAGAGUAAUGAAUCAAACGGACACCCUGCACCGGGAAAUACAUCUCUUUUAUCCUCGCUUAUGAAUAAGAUUUCGCAGGCCAAUGCGGGAUUCUUCAACACACUGAACAUCAAGUCGGAGAUGGAGAACAGCCAUGUGGGCGACGGCCCUGAAGCUGCUCAGUUUUUGGGGCAGGCGGGGAAAGCUCCGCUUCAAGAGAAGACAGCCGAGUUCUGGAAGACCUACUUGAGGAGGUUUGAUACAGAAGAUUUCUGCGAAGCGACUUGUGAUUUCCUACACAAAUGUCACUUCCAUUGCCUCGUGGAGGACUGUGGCGCCCUUUUCAGCACAUUGGACGGAGCCAUUAAACACGCAAACUUCCAUUUCAGAGCCGCAGUCAAAGUGAAAACAGAGCCGUUGCUGAACCCAACUGGCGAGAACAGGGUGCCAUCUGACUCGAGCGCCUCACAGCAUCCUGCUUCAGCUCACAGUGGAGAGCUGCCUACAGUUAGCCCUGCUGCCAUCUUUACUUCUGCUCCAUCGUUGCUCACGUGGAAACAACUGACUGGCUCCAUUCCUCAACUUCCUGCCUCCGUACCAAGCCUGGGGGCUGCUGCCUCCCAACUAGCGACCACCUCGUUGGAGAACGCCAAACCCCAAGUGAAACCGGGAUUUCUCCAGUUCCAGGACAAUGACCCCUGCUUGGCCACAGACUGCAAAUAUGCAAACAAAUUUCACUUCCAUUGUCUUUUUGGAAACUGCAAAUACGUGUGCAAGACGUCAGGCAAGGCUGAAUCCCACUGCCUGGAUCACAUCAACCCCAACAACAACCUGAUGAAUGUCCGCGACCAGUUUGCUUACUACUCCCUGCAGUGUCUUUGCCCCAACCAGCAAUGUGAGUUCCGAAUGCGUGGACACUACCACUGUCUGCGGCCUAACUGCUGCUUUGUCACGAACAUCACAACCAAGCUACCCUGGCACAUUAAGAAGCAUGAGAAGGCAGAGCGCCGAGCUGCUAAUGGAUUCAAAUACUUCACAAAGCGGGAAGAGUGUGGCCGACUAGGCUGCAAGUACAACCAGGUGAACAGCCACUUCCACUGCAUCCGCGAGGGCUGCCAGUUCUCCUUCCUGCUUAAACACCAGAUGACCUCUCACGCCCGCAAGCACAUGAGGAGGAUGCUUGGCAAGAAUUUUGACCGGGUCCCCUCACAGGUGGUAACGCACUCUCACAGAAAUGACGACUUACACCCAGUGGCAAAUUUGUCCAUGAGCUCAGUUGGAAGCCACAGUAGCUUGGGCCCUGGUUUUACAAGCAUGAUGGAUGAAACAGAUGACUACAUGGACUACAUGGGCUGUGGCAGUCCAACAGGGGCCUCGUCAGAGUCCUCAAACCUGGAUCGCAGUUGCAGUAGCACUCCAGUGGGCAAUGAGAGCUCCUCGGCAGGAUUAGGCUGCCUGGUUGCUACUACUGCUGCUGUUGCUGAUCCUUCUCCUGCUGAUCCUACUAGUACCCACAAUGCACCACCACCGCCACUGCUGCAACCUCAGCCUCCAUCUUUCCCGCAAGCCCUGCUCCGGCCUCCUCUCUCAUCCCUUCCAUACCUCCUCUCUCCAUCUUGUCUGUCAUAUUCUCUACUCAGCACAACUCUCGGAGCAGCAAGGAGCGUUGCCAUGCCGACUGCCACGCCGGGUUUCAGCCCAAUCCUUGCCGCUCCGUCUCCAGUUAAAAGUGACGUCCCCAUAGUACAGGAUGCUGCAGGGAACACCAUUUCUAUGCCUACAGCCUCUGGUGCAAAGAAACGCUUUUGGAUCAUCGAAGACAUGUCACCAUUUGGCAAGAGGCGCAAGACAGCUUCAUCAAGGAAGAUGCUCGAUGAGGGGAUGAUGUUGGAGGGAUUCCGCCGCUAUGACCUCUAUGAGGACUGCAAGGACGCAGGCUGCCAAUUCUCUCUUAAAGUCACCCACUAUCACUGCACACGAGAGAACUGCGGCUAUAAGUUCUGCGGGCGUACGCACAUGUACAAACACGCCCAGCACCACGACCGCGUGGACAAUUUGGUCUUGGACGACUUUAAGCGAUUCAAGUCCUCCCUCAGCUGCAACUUUGCCGACUGCCAGUUCUCUGGAAACAGCACCCACUUCCACUGCCUGCGCUGUGAAUUCCGCUGCACAGACAGCACCAAAGUUACAGCCCACCGCAAGCACCACGGCAAGCAAGACGUCAUCAAUGCUGCUGGCUUCUGCCAGUUUAGCUCCAGUGUGGACUGUGAAGUGUUGGAUUGUAAAUACAAGCUCAAGUGCUCACACUUCCACUGCACCUACCCGGAAUGCAAACACACGGUGGUGGGCAUGUCACAGAUGGACUCUCACAAGCGCAAGCAUGAGAAACAAGAGCGGGGUGAGCUGCCAUCCGUGUCACCCGGCAGAGAGGUAGCAGUAAGCACAGGAGUCAAUGCAAGGGUCCCUCCUGCCUCACCAGGGCCUGCGGAUGUUCCUGGCAGCACUGCCAACUUCCCAGCUUCCUCUGAAUACGGCAACCAGGGAUCCAUUAGCCUUGACAGCUCACUGAACCUGGGUACCGAUGCAAACAGCUCUCUCUUCUUCUUGAAAAAUGCCGUUGGCAUCGGCCUUAAUGACUCGCUGGACCUCAGCAAAAAGGUCCAGAAUGACCUGCUGGUAGCAGUUAACUCUGUCCCCUGUGGCACUACCAUGCAGGGGUCUCAGGACGAGGCCACCGCAACAUCAGGAGAGGCUGAAGAUGACCUGUCGAAUGAGGAGGAGAUGAAUGCCGAGGACGAUGACGAUGAUGACGAGGACGACGACGACGACGACGAGGAGGAUGACGAUGAGGAAGAUGACGGGGAGGAGGAUGAUGAGUUAAACACAGACUCCUAUGAAGAUUCUGUGCCUGAGCCUGAAAGCCUGGCAAGUGAGAAAGAGAACGGAGUUUGCUUCGAUGCUUCCAGCAACCACACAGCUGCUUCCGGCCUACCUAAAAAGGACCCUGCAGCCGAGCCCUAGGAAAGGAAAGUGAAUUGGGGAUUCAAGGCUGAACAAAGUGCAAUGGGGAGUGGCGUCAGUCAACACAUUAAGGAUGCAAGAAGACACUGUUCUGGAUGGCCCAAAAUUCUUCAUAUGUUUACAAAAUGACCAACGUCGUUGAUUUCAUUAUGCAGAAGAAACGAAAGAAGGCCCCGUGAUGUGGGGGGAUGCGGAGCGUGUGUGCAUGGUUCUUCCGUUUGCUCCUUUGUUUCCUCUCCUUUGUUAUUUUAUCCUAGUUUGUGUGCUGGGGGGCUGGGAAAAAAAAAAAAAAACAGCGUGAUAAGGGAAAAGCCAAGUCACUGGACAGGACAGGCCGGUCAGCCCUUGUGGACCAGGAGCAGAGAACGAGAGGUGAUUUUAGUGAACCAGAGAGACGCUUCCUCAGGUUGGCGCUGGUCCUAAACGGCACAGGCCCACUUCCGACCCCCCGUUAGCCAACGGUCAGCACUUUGCCGCUGAAGCUUAAAGGCGAGCAGAGCGGGCAGCUGCCUCCUCACCCAAGCGACUUGUCUGACAGCCCGACUAUAUGAAGGUGUGUUUCUUUUUUUUUUGUUUCUGUUUUGUUUUAUCGUUUGUUUUUAUCUUGCUGGACCCAGGAAAACGUUUUGCACAGUGACUGCACUGCUGUCAACACCCACGUGCGAAGAAUGACGCAAUACCCCACGCCGGCUUGCCUGCCAUCCUCUACUUUAGGACUUGGAAAAGGAAAAAAAAAAAAAAAAAGUGUUCUUGAAGUCUGUUGAGGGGGAGGCACAAAAACAAACAAACAAACGAGCUAUCUCUGGGAUCCCCAACACCGAAUACGAUGGACCAAACCACACAUUGUCUUCCCGAUGAGCGCCGAGAGGCUCGGCCAAUGGGAGCAGGCGGCGCCCUCUCUGUUCUCUCCUUCCGAACACCCGGCAAGAAAUCGAAGAAACUCGGUGAAAUCCAUGUACAGGACAAAGAGGCGAAAUGUUGUACACUGUUUUUAUUUCAAUUCUAUUUUUGGAGAAAAAAAAAAAAA